AUGGCAGAAGCUGAAAAGGCAAGUAAGGUAGAUAGACAAAAAGACAAUGAUCAAGACGAAGAAAAAUGGGUAAAAUAUUACUCAUCGAAUCAUGAAAUAUUACUGGUGGGUGAAGGAGAUUUCUCAUUCUCAACAUGUUUGGCACAAGCUUUUGGCUCUGCUUCCAACAUUGUUGCUUCUUCUCUCGACUCCUAUGAUGAUGUGAUUAAGAAUUAUAAGAAGGCUGGAUCGAAUUUUUCGAUCCUGGACAAGCUGGGCGCUUCACGUUUUCAUGGAGUUGAUGCGACAAAAAUGAAGUUCCAUAGUGAUCUCAAAAUGCGCAAGUUCGAUCGGAUCAUAUUUAAUUUCCCUCAUGCUGGUUUCACUCAUAAAGGUCGUAAACGAAAGGAAGAUGAUAACUGUCUCAUUAUGAAGCACAAGAGGCUUCUUGAUGGAUUUUUUAAGAAUGCAUGUGGUAUGUUACGUCCAGAUGGUGAAAUACACGUGAAUCACAAAACCUCAUUUCCAUAUUACCACUGGAAUCUGGAGAAACUUGCUAGUCAAAAUUCUUUGAGACUAAUUGAGUGUGUUGCUUUCAACAAAGAAGACUACCUAGGUUAUGAAAACAAGAGAGGUUCUGGUAAAAGAUGUAAUGACUGCUUCCUCUUGGGCGAGUGUUGUACCUUUAAAUUUAGUUUCUUUCAGAAUGCAAAGGUGACUAAAGUGAAACGGAAUGUGAAAAGAUUGCGGAAUCUUAAAAAAGCUCUCAAGUUGCCACAAGAGCCAAGCCCCUGUAAUUUUGGACAUCACCAGUCAGAUCUUGUUCCAUUCAUGAAUGACACCCCAGCACUGAAUGUACCUUGUGGAAGACCUCGUGAACUUCUUCAGCCUCCUAUUUAUGCUUAUCACCAAGAAAACUAUCUCGAACGCAGGCAACCUCAUGAACUCUUUUGGGCACCUAUACCUGCUUAUCAGCAAAUAAACUAUCUUGAAUUUAGGCAACCUGCACUCCUUCAGGCUCCUUUACAUGCUUUUCAGCAAGGAAACUAUCUCAUAUUCAGCCCUCCUCCAUCUGGUUUCGAUCUGCGCAUGAGUAGCAUCCCUGAUUGUAUGGAAUCACCACAUUUUGACCACAUAUAUUGGGAGUGUGCCAGGAUCUUCAGCCCGUACUUUGAACGUGUUGCAGAAUCAUUAAAAAAUGGUGAUCAUUAUUCGUCUUGUUUUCUUGAGGAGGCUUUGAAUGUUGGUUAUGAAAUAUAUAUGGCUGGAGAUCCACGAAGAACUUUAAGAGAUUAUAGGUAUAUGCUGGAACAGCUUCGCAAAUAUGUUGUUGGAAGACCAGAAAGGCAAGUGAGCAGGCAGUUGAGUACAGAAUAUGACUUUGCCAGCAACAGCAGUAGGCAUUUCAGGUCUUAGUAUCGAGCAAUCGCAAGACUUGCAGGUAACAUAGGAACAUAACCAUGAUCAACAAUUCCUUUUUUGGUACAAGGAGCUUGAAUCUUAGCUUUUUGGCAAUUAUGUUUGCUCAAUUACUCUAUAUGUUUUUGGUUUUGGUAUCCAGCAGUCCAUUGCAUGUUUACAUCUGAUGUACAAACAUUAAUCAAUCUGUUUAUCUACUGCCUUUUCAUACAUGUAUGAAAAGAUUAUUAGCUUUUCGACUAGGUGAUAAAUUUUAUUCUCUGAAACUUAAGAAAUCAAACAUUGCAUAUAUGUAUGAGGAGAUU